CUUGUAACACAAAAGAAUUUCACAUUGUGAAAAAAAGACAAAUCUAUAUAGUUUGGUUCAAAAAUUACACGCACAUAUGUAUUGUAUUUUGUAUGUAUUUACAGUCAAUUGAAUAAUGGAGCCAUUGAUUACGAAGCUAUGGAGCUUUGAUUAUUUCGUAGCAUGGAGGGGCUUUCUAUUUUCAGCAUUAAUACUCAACUUUGUAUUUGCCUGCCAAUUUCUUUUUCUUCAACCCCUUGUAUCUGCCUUAGACACUAAACCUGGUGACGCUGCUGCAUUGUUUGAGAGAGUUUCACAAAAUGUAAAAGUUAAGAAAUACAGUGAGGCACUUAAUGAUCUAAAUUCAGCCAUAGAGGCAGACCCAGCGCUAUCAGAAGCGUAUUGGCACCGUGCAUCUCUUCUUCGUCAGUUGUGCAGAUAUGAUGAAUCAGAAAGAAGCUACAAAAAGUUUCUGGAGAUGAAACCAGGAGACUCAGCUGCGGAAAAGGAGCUUUCUCAAUUGCACCAAUCUAAGAGUGCUUUUGAUUCAGCGACCAACCUGUUGGAGACAGGUGACAUUAAAAAAGCAUUGGAGUAUAUAGAAAAAGUCGUUCUCGUUUUCUCUCCGGCGUGCUCCAAGGCCAAACUCCUUAAGGCGAAGCUAUUGCUCUCAGAUAAAGACUAUUCCAGUGUCAUAUCUGAGACGGGAUACAUACUUAAAGAAGAUGAGGAUAAUCUGGAGGCUUUACUGCUACGAGGCCGUGCCUACUACUAUCUGGCUGAUCAUGAUGUCGCCUUAAGGCACUAUCAAAAGGGUCUUCGUUCAGACCCAGAGCAUGGGGAAUUGAAGAAAGCAUAUUUUGGCUUGAAAAACUUACUGAAAAAGACUAAAAGUGCAGAAGAUAAUGCAAGUAAGGGUAAGCUUCGCCUUGCUGUGGAGGAGUAUAAAGCAGCACUGACAAUGGACCCCAACCAUUCUGCACAUAAUGUUAAUCUUCAUCUUGGUUUGUGUAAAGUCUUGGUGAAGCUUGGAAGAGGGAAGGAUGCCAUAUCGAGUUGCUCAGAAGCUCUUGAGCUUGAUGGAGAGCUUAUUGAUGCUCUAGUGCAGAGGGGUGAAGCCAAGCUUCUAACAGAAGAUUGGGAGGGGGCUGUUGCGGAUUUGAAAGAAGCAGCUGAAAAAUCUCCUCAGGAUAGGAAUAUUCGUGAAACGCUGAUGAGGGCUGAGAGAUCUUUGAAAUUGAGCCAACGGAAGGAUUGGUACAAGAUCUUGGGAGUGUCAAAGACAGCAUCUGUUUCAGAGAUCAAAAAGGCAUACAAAAAACUUGCUCUGCAAUGGCAUCCAGACAAAAACGUUGAAAACAGAGAAGAAGCAGAAAACAAAUUUCGUGAAAUAGCAGCUGCAUAUGAGAUUCUAGGUGACGAGGAAAAACGUACACGAUAUGACCAAGGGGAAGACAUUGACGACAUGGGUUCAGGAAUGGGUGGUGGGGGUUUCAACCCAUUCGGCGGAGGAGGGCAGCAGUAUACAUUCCACUUUGAAGGAGGAUUUCCAGGUGGGGGAUUUGGCGGAUUUCAUUUUUGACCUCGACGCUGUUCUUUGCCAAGAAACUCCUCGCAUUGUUUCUGCAAGGAAUGCACAGUUCAAAGUACAGUAGGCUCUCAUACACAUUCCCAAGAAGUUUUUGCUUUGCGGAUACCAUUUUUUUCUUUCAUUUAUGUAAUUGAAGCAGUAGAUUUAAGGAGAAUUGAUCGGAUCGAUAACAGGUCCAUGUGUAACUUCCUAACUCAAAAUGGGAUGUGGAGGAGAUAACUGAUGUUACAUUAUCAAAUAGUUCUUCUGAAACCCGGUGACAAAGAUUCGAAAUAAUUUCUCAUUUCUGUACUGAGUUCACAGGAGCCAAGCCAAGUAGCGCGAAGUUUGUCAAGCCAAGUAACUCAUAUUUGAGAUUGACAAGUUGAAUUACAGGUAGUUGAUGCAAUUGGUUAUGUUUUUUUUU